UCUUAAAAGGGGGUGGGCGUUUAAUCUUUUCUCCGGAACAAUGUUGAUGGAAUUUUCUUAACCACUUUGUGAGAACAAAUACCAUUCCCUUUCUUAAAUACAGGAUGACAAGACAAGCUUCAUUAACGAGAUGAUGUCAAAUUUCGACAACUUGGAAGACACCAUGGAGGAGGAACAGGGGUCAAAUACAGACCUCACACAAACUAUGGAAUACUCAGUCGAUAUACGAGAGAUCACACAACAUCACAAAUCCAGACAAUAUAAGACUAAUCUUUGCAAAUUGAAGGCUAGAUUAAAGAGUCAGUUGGAGAGAGUUCAGAGAAAGCAUUUCGACAGUGACGACUCUUCUGCUGACGAAACUACUUUGGAGUGGCUUGAAAGACUGCGUAGGAACAGGAGGCAGCGUCCGGCCAUUAUGCAAAGUAGUUUAGAUGAUCAUGACGACGAAGAUGAGAAAGGUAUCCACAAUGACGCUCUUCAAAGACAUACUCACUUCCAAUCUACCAGUGGUAACUUUGAACACGAUAGAUAUCCUGCUAUCCAGACAGACCAUCUAGACAUCAGCGAAUCCGAAUCUGAACCUUGCCAGAAAUUGAUAAGCAGAAGGGGUGACGAGGAGAGUUGUAACUGGGGAGGUCCGCUUGAGAACACACGACGAAUGGUUGCCGAAUCUCUUGGAUCAUUAGACCCAUCUCCUGGUGAUAAGAACGAAGGAACCCAGGGAAAGCAUAAUAUUAAAAGCAGCGAGGAAUGUGAGCUGAAGAGAGUUGUUCGGGUUAAAGAUAAAGGAAGCAAAACACUGCGUAUAUACAAAAAACAUGAAGUAGAUCAAACGGGAGGAUCAACUAGAGAGGAAGCGGUUGAAAUCGUUGAAAAGAACCAUUCCCAUGUUUCCGAAGAUCACGAUUACAAAAGGAAAAAUGGUACCAUCCAAAAUCUCCUUUCCUCUGGAUCAUCAGCUAGUCAACAUCAGCGAAACGGAAAGGUGGUGCCAGCAUCUGCCUUAGAAGAUUCGGAAGAUACAGAUGAAAUUCUUGGUCAUAUCCAACAGCUCUAUUUAGAUACACACGGUCAAGCUCCAGCAUUACAUUCUCAUGAUAAUGAUGAUGUUGCAAAGGUGCGAUGCGGGACAGAGGUUGAAGCUGAACGUAAUGGUGAAUAUUUUGGGAGCGAGCAAAAAGAUCAAUCGGAUGUUAAAAUGUUUGGGAAAAUGAACGGCGGGAAGCGUCGUUUUGCAAAAAACGGAUACAGGAGAGCACGACAGCAAACAGCCUCUUCUAGCUCUGAGAACGACAAUGACAGUAAGGACAGUAUAGAUGUAAUGUUAAAGAAAUUGAAAUCUCUCAAGAAGGAACAUGGAGAGUCAAGUUCCAGCACCGACGCCGCUACGUCGCUCCUGCGUCGGCAGACUGUCCGAUUAAUGAAACGAAUUUGUAAGCGUUCAAGGGAAGACUCGGAAAACGGAAGGGCUAGUGGUAAUGAAGUCACUUCUAAUGAGGCAACCAAAAUUCCAAGUAGAAAGCGAGUUAAAAGAUCGACGUCUCCUGAUAUUGAAGUAGAAGAGACGGUGCAAGCACACAUAAGGAGAGUUGGAAAGGGUACAACUUAUACUAGAAAAUAUUUUCAAAAGCGUCAUCGUUUGAAGCAUUUUGGGAAAUUGAAAGGCAAAAAGGGCCAAACUGAAUUUUUCUCUGAUUCUAAGGAAAAUGAAAUAUCCAACAAAGCCAGUAUUCCAGUCAUCGUCGAAGAUGAUAUUAGCGGUCCGGUAAACAGCCAGUCCUACCGUGGUUCCCUUAAUAACUUUUCUGAAGACAGGCCUUCAUUUCUUGUAACCAACCAACAAAACCCUAACCAUUCACAAAAUACACAAGAUUCGAACCCACUGUCUCCUACAGCAUCAAACCAUUUACGUCCUUCAAGUUUACCAAUGAUGCCCCGCAAAGGAACGACCAUCAGAGUUAACCAAACACCUUCAUUUUUCAUCAUUCCAAAAGACCAAAGACACCCAAAAAACUAUCUUCAAACAAAAGUUAGAUCCAUAUUUGCCUUCCUGGUAUUUAUUUUAAUGAUAAUCGCUCUGUGGUUUUUGAUAACAUUUAUCUUCUUCUGCAAUCCUACAAGUAGCCCCAGAUGCUUCAGAUGUGACAUAGAAUUCUCAUUCUUAAAAUUUAUCGACAGUAACAGCGGACUACGCCAUCUAAAAGUACCUCCUAUCUAAAGUUCCAGAACCGUUUUCUUACCUGAGGAGUUCACCCUAAAGUACAUGUUUUUCAUAUAGGGAGAAAAGGUGAUGCAAACGCGUUAACGCCGGUUUGACGAUAAACCAUCGAAGAAUAACCGAGAUAUGUGAAAAUUUAACGAUUUCAUUUUGCGACGUCACGUUCGAGCAAUUCUCCAUUAUGUCUUACUAGUAUAUCAUUUUCUCAGAAACUGAACAUGUCUAACUUGAGCGUUCAUUAUAUCCUCAGACACACCAUUUUAUACGAACUUUAAUUAUAAAAAUAUUUUCAGUCACCACAAAGAAGAAAGUAAUUGAAACAAUGGGAAGAUGCUCGCAUAUAUAUUAUUAUGACGUAAAAAAAUGUAAUUUUGCAAUUUAACGUUUGGAUCCGUUAAAGGAUUUUCGUCAAAUCUACGACUAUACACUCUAAAAAAUGGAAUGUUAAAUCAACAUUUGAAAGGU